AUGCGUUCUGUUCUUCUUUUCCGUGUGGCUUUGGGCCUAUUGGCUGUUGACUUUGUGGCUGCGAGCCCCUGUAAGCCGAUCUCUGUCACUUCAUAUGCACCCACUGAGACAUCUUUGGUCUCAUCGAUUGAAUCCGCAACAACCAUCGAAACUGCAACGUCGGUUGCUUCCAUCACUUCCACUGCUACCACUGAUUCAUCGGUCGAGGCAAGUGAAUCGUCACUCGUUCCCGAAACAUCCAGCACCAUCGCUGCGGCGAGUUUUCCUGACUUGCAAACUGAGUGCUGA